ACUAUCUUCGACAGCGGAUAUAUCCGCCUUUGAUGAUGAUGACCAUGCCCUUCACACGUUGAGGACGAAUCAGCGUCGUUCUGCUUACUAUCAUGCUCAAUAGCGUGUUCUUCUUCGUGCUCGGCAAAUGCAGAUAAAAUGGCAUCCGCAGGUGCUGGCAAACGAGCUGACUCUGCAGGAACGGCUGUCGAGGGAGAGUUGCCCGAGUACAGUGGAAAUCGUGGUGGGCCUGCCUCGACUUCUAUCGGUGGUCCAGUAGCGGAGCGCGGUCGGCGCGGUUCUUCUGGUGGCAGGUACAACGGCGGAACGAGGAGAAAUCCUUUGUACUACAAGUAUGACAACCGCCACUGGUUUCUUGAUUGGGUUUCUGCUGACGAGUCGGCGCUGACGAGUCCACCUUGCGGUGUAGUCGUCUUCGUGAAAGACCGUAAUAAUUUUCGAGUUGUCGGGGCUGUGAGCGGAUGGGAAGAUUGUUCAGAGGGAAUUUGUACAUUCACCCUUCAGACGGCGUACGGGAAGAACGCUCAUCCUGAUCAUGACUCCCAGGGUGUCAGAUUGGCUUGGAAAAAGUUCCGAGGUUUCGGCAAGCAAGCCACCAUGCUUCCGUUUUACACGGCAAUAAUAUCAGAUUUAGAACUGUCUGUUCUCUUGCGGAGCUUCUUUGAUGACUGGGAGAGAUUGGUGUCGCCAACCAGGUGUUUAGAUGUGCCGCAGGAACAUCGUAUUUCGAUGCCGAUAGCGUAUGUUGGCGAUGACGAGGAUCGCACUCGAACUUCAGAAUUGUCGACUGAUGUUGCUACGGAGGGUGCGACUGGAGGGCUUGACCCUAACUACGUUCCUGAGCAGCAAGACCCCUCAGGUGCUUAUGAAGAAUCCGAGCCGGAAGCCGUCGCCCAGGAGGGGGCGGUCGCCGACAUGGCUGAGGCUCCAGUAAGUGCUACGGAUGAGCCGUCGACUAGGGCGAAGACGACUGGAGUUAGUACUACUGUUGGACAUCCUGAGGUUGCGGAGCAGCAAAGGGGUGGGGAGACGGGUAAAAGACCUGUUGCGGUGGGAGAAAAGAGAAGUGGGGAAGAAUCUGGCAGCGAGGGGGCCAGAGACGAAGACACCCCUCGUUUAUCUUCACAGAAGAAAAGGAGAACAAGUACCCCUCGCCAGACAUCUGACAAGAAGAGGAAAUCGGCGGGAAAGAACCCGGAAACACCGAAGGCGAGACGGGGAGGUGGAUCGGGGGAAGGGUCAUCAAAAGGCAAGCGGGCACGAGCAGAUGAAAAUGACAGUGAGGACGACAAGGAAAAGGUUGUCGAUCUGGACGCCGGGUACUUUCUGGAAUGGAAAGAGGGUAUAAAGAAAGAUGUCACUCUUUCUAUCAACCCGGAGAGGGUAUUGGAGUUGUCAGCGUGGGAAAGGCUGUACAAUCAUCGUUCGAUCGACCGAACGCACACGGCAUAUAUAUUGCGGUGUAUGAUGGAUGCCUUCAAGAAGAAAGGAAAGACGUACGAGAAGCCAAUUUUGAAAUUGGCGCCAAUCGCAGGGCUUCCUWGCCCYGGACGRAAGRCUGUUCGUMUGACCCCRGACAAAUUCAAUGUGGAGAACCCGAACGAACACUGGUACUACGCUGUCAGCGGGCAACACAAUGUCAAGGCUGCGCUGGAGUUGAGAAACCACGAGAUUUGGGGGAAGCAUACCUUCUACGACUGGCCCUUCAAACCUUUGUACUUCGCCGACGAGGACUUUGACGGUUAUACGCAGAUAAGCGUGAACGAGAAUAGGAAGGACAAGUUAGCCCCUCCUCGGGCUCAGCGGCUGUCAAUGAUAGACAUUCAUCAGGAGUGGAAUAACUUGAAGCGUCCUCGUGCUGUCACCGACAAUAUAACGUUCAAGAAGGAUUUGGAAUGGACGGAGAGACUGAGGUACUACUUACCUCUGGUGAUGACGGACGAUGGAACGUGGAUGCUUGGCAUGAAAUUUUAUGACGAGUGGACGAAGGGUCAUCUGCUCGCCCCUGAUGGCGCUGUGUGGACGAAGAGGCCUCCAACAACGGACCCGAAAGUCACCCGUGAGGGUCAGUCAUUUGCGGAGGACAACAGGGGCCAUAAGAGAGUUGUGUAUAAUAUGCGUGUGGCUGAUCCGGAGAUGAGGAAAGGCAAGAAGAAAAGGAAACAGGAGGACGGCGACUUUUUCGUCCAGGUGAAUGAACCCGACGUGCAUUGUUGGAAAGACUCGGGGGAUUUUACAAACGCGGAGAAACGUCGGAUCCUGCGAGGGUUGCUGGACCUGGAUAUUAUCUGGGUGCAGCAAGGAAGCAAGAAGCUGAUUGAGCAGGGAAAGGUUGGGAUGAAAGAUGCUUGUGAAAUGGUCAAGCAAGAUCGGAUACUGCUCCGGCUGUGGCAUACUGUGCAAUUCCAGCACGAGCGCCGCGACAACGAUGAUUGGAGUGCCUCCUUUUUCCAGACGAAGGAGCAAUUGAUGGCAGAGUACGCCUCCAAGAGACUGGAUAAGAAAUUGUGGGCGGGCUGUAGGAAAUGGGUCACAGAUCACUCGUACCUCAAGGAAUGCCCCCAGUAUCUCGGCUGUCCGAGUGAUAAGGAUGUGGCGGCAACGAUGAAGUUGGUUAAUCACGAGAACUUUUCUACUGAAUGGAAGCGGGUUGUGUUGUCCGUGCUCAAAGGCGAACGUGGCAAGACAGAAGAGGGGCCGCAAGCACUGGGAGAAUGCACCACCAUCAAAUGGAAGGAAACCAAGCAAGUGACAACCCUCRCACCAUUUGCUUACGACGCCUUCAYGRCUUUUCUAAGAAAAGAUGAGAUGAGGAAAGUUGUGAYGCAGCUGCGAUGCCACACUUGCAUCAUUGACUUCUGCGAUCCCGUCGACCGAGCACGUUGGAAUGACGAGGCUUUCCGAUCAUUGGCGGCAUUCCUUGAAGCUUUCACCGAAGAGGACAAUUUCAACGCAAACGACGAGGAAGAAGUCAGCGAGGGUGAGGAGCCUUUGGAUUUAGAGACGGUAUAUCAGAAAUAUACUGUAGGUAUGGCGUCCUCUUCAACGCCUUCCAGUUCCAAGCAUGCUGCGAGUUUGCCUGUCGUCACUCCUGUCGCCAUUCCUGUCGCAACGCCAACCUCGGGUUCUUCAAGAGGAUUUCUUUCCUCCAUGAGAAGCAAACCUCUGAGCCCCACUAUCAAGCUUGGACGUCCUCUUCCGCCGACGCACACAUUUAGGUUGCAGAAAGGUCAACUCUAUUUCUUGGGGACGACGCACAGAAGUACCGACGAGUCCGAUUGGGGUCAGCAUGUAAUUUGGCAUCCAGACAUUUUCCAACCGGCAGUUCUUGAUGGCGAAUGGGUUAUGGCGUUCAAAAAGGUAUUUGAAGAGGCCGCCCUCCAAGCGGUUACCGACCAUGUCGCAGAGGUAAACUGUCGUCAACCAGACGACCUUGUCGUCACAAUGUUCGGAGAGCAGACAUUCGAGAUUCUUCAGGAGCACAACAUGUUGGAGCUCUGUCGUGACUUUCAUUACCUCGAAACAAGUCCAAGUUAUGAAAGCAAAAUUGAUUGGCAUAUUCUGCCGCCUGCCCCAACACGAGGAGAGGGAGCUGGACGGGGCGGCCGUGGAGGAGAUGACGAAGGAGGGGACGGAGGAGGUGAGGAUAGAACCCGCGGCCGCGGUUACGGUGUACCCGUGGCGGCGGUUACGGGUGACAACAAAGGGGGCGGCGCACGACGCGGAAAUGUUAUGAGCCCGGGAGGGGUCACGAUCGCAGGUAGAAAGGGUUCUAUGGCUUCGGUACAAGGUGCGAGCUCACAAACUGGGCAGGGAUCACCGCAGGUUGAAUCUCCACUGCCGACCCAUGCGCUGCAAGCUGCUUCACUCGUUGGGCAAGUACAUGGCUCAUUUCCCGGCAGCGGAUGUAUCCGCGGCACAGUCACGAUCGAUGGCGGAAUAGGUGUCAUGGCUUCAGAAGUAGGUGCGAGCUCACAAACUGGGCAGGGAUCACCGCAGGUUGAAUCUCCACCGCCGACAAUGUAUCCGCUCGGUGCUGAAGUCGUUGGGCAAGGAAAUCGCUCAUUUCCCGACAGCGGACGUAUCCGCGGUACAGUUUCUGCUGGAUCGAAUUUCAUGGCAGAUGCCGAGUCGGUCCACGUGGCUUCCACCAAGGAUCCUGAACGCGACACUCGGAAGUGCGAAGUUGUUACGGAUGCCACUUUCCUUCGCGGAGAGAAUGUGGUGGAGAAAACUGUAGGCGGGUGAUACUCCCCCAGAAGGACAGAUUCUCUUGCGAGUCCUUGUGCAACUUGGUCUGAGGUGGAUAAGGGGCGGGUUGGCCUUUUUUCUG